ACACACACGCACACACACACACACACACACAGUCGUUGACUCUUACUCGAUGUUUACCGGGCUCUUCAGUGGUUAGAUAUAAGACAGUUUUUGCAGAUUAUUAAAACGAUGUUGUCCAGAUGUGUGAGCAGCUUCCGGUGCAGGAUUAAAUCAGCGCCAGUGCUUCAGUGCUGCAGAAUGCAGCACUUGCAGCAGGACAGACUUGCCCCCUUUCGCCCUGAGACCUCGAUGUCCAAGACGCUGAUGGACAUCGGGUCACGGAGGAUUUUCUCUGAGGAGCACGACCUGUUCAGACAGAAUGUCCGGCGGUUCUUUAAGGAGGAAGUGGUUCCUUAUCACAGGGAGUGGGAGAAGGUGGGUGAGGUCAGUAGGGAAGUGUGGGAGAAGGCGGGGCUGCAGGGGCUGCUGGGUAUUUACACGCCUGUAGAACAUGGUGGGGUCGGAGGAGACCUGCUCUCUGCUGCCAUCACAUGGGAGGAACAGAUGUACUCUAACUGUUCAGGUCCUGGUUUCUCUCUUCAUUCGGAGAUCGUCAUGCCGUACAUAAGUCAUUAUGGCUCGCAAGCUCAGAUCGAGCGCUUCCUGCCCCAGAUGGCUGCUGGGAAAUGUAUCGGUGCCAUCGCCAUGAGCGAACCGGGGGCAGGCAGUGAUAUUCAGGGAGUGAAGACAUAUGCUCGGCAAGAUGGCACUGACUGGAUCCUCAAUGGAAAUAAGGUGUUUAUCACUAACGGGUGGAUGAGUGACCUGGUCAUCGUUGUUGCUGUAACGAAUCGUGAGGUGAAAUCAGCAGCUCAUGGUCUCAGUCUAUUUCUGGUGGAGAGCGGCACCAAGGGCUUCACCAAGGGACGGAAACUGGAGAAGAUCGGCCUGAAAGCACAGGACACAGCAGAGUUGUUUUUCGAAGAUGUUCGUCUCCCAGCUGAUUCUGUACUCGGAGAACUGAACAAAGGCUUUUAUUACCUCAUGAACGAACUGCCUCAGGAGCGGUUGAUAAUAGCGGCCAUGGCUCUGGCCAGCUGUGAGUUUAUGUUUGAGGAGACUCGGAAUUACGUGACUCAGAGGAAGGCCUUUGGGAAAACCGUGGCUGACCUGCAGACAGUUCAGCACCGGUUAGCUGAGCUAAAGACAGAGAUUUGUGUGGGUCGAGCUUUCAUUGAUAACUGCCUCCAGCUGCACAGUGAGAAGAAGCUGGACUCCAGCACCGCCUCCAUGGCUAAAUACUGGGCAUCAGAGUUACAGAAUAAAGUGGCCACUCAGUGUCUGCAGCUGCAUGGUGGGUGGGGCUACAUGUGGGAAUAUCCAAUCGCCAAAGCGUUCGUGGACGCUCGUGUGCAGCCCAUCUACGGUGGAACAAAUGAGAUCAUGAAGGAGCUGAUCGCUCGCACCAUCGUCGGACACAGAUAGACGAGCUGCAGGCUGAGAGAUCGGAUGGAUCAGACGGAGACUCAGACUGAAGAGAAGCUGGUGUGUGUUUUUGAUCUUCGUGAUGCCGUGAUGAACAUGAUGCUGAUCAGAUAGUAGAUAAUACAUUUACCUGGAGUUCAUGUGACACAAUUAUGAUAAUUUUUAAUAAAUAAAUAUUUUAAAACUUGUGUCGUGAAGGUUUAGUCAUACUGGUGGGCAGAUAGUACAAAACAUUUUAUAAUAAUCAUGAAUAUGUCUUACAGUCUGAUGUCUGUCAUCUAAACCAUUUAAACUCAUAAAUAAUUGAACUUCUAUUCAUUUUCUGUUAUGUUGCUGUUUGUGUCAAAUGUUUUAAAACACAAGUAAAAUCACUUCAUGCUGCA